UUUCUAAGUUCAAGUAUGACUGGUGACGCGAACACUUCUAUACCAAAAUGGAUCAAUGCGAAUCUUUUCGAAAGUGUGCUCAAGAAAACCAUUAAAGGGUAUCGGUGUAUACGGAAAUUCGAGGUUUAUCCAGGAUCCGGAACGGGCGAAAAUUAUGCUACGGUUAUGCUGAAAGUGCAAAUUGAAGCGGAAUUAGAUGAUGGCUCCGCACAAUCAACGUCUUUCAUGCUGAAAACGAAUCACGAAAAUGAGGAGAUACGAAAAAUACUUAAUGCCGACAAUAUGUUUGCUUUGGAAAAAAGUGUAUAUGAACAAAUUGUACCUGCUUUCGAGAAGCUAUAUGCCGAUGCUGGAAUUAUAAUUAAAUUUGGUCCAACAUGCUACGACUUGCCCACAGAAGAAUCGCACAUACUUUUGGAAAAUCUAACACCCAAAGGAUUUAAAAACAUCAAUCGACUGGAAGGUCUCAAUAAACAGCACAUGGAAAUGGUUCUACGUAGAUUGGCCAUGUGGCAUGCCGCAUCGGCGGUAUAUGCCCAAGAAAAUGGUGACUACGAUGAUAAAUAUCGUUACGGGUUUUUUCGUGAAGAAGCUAAAGCAAUGAUCGAGUCGAUGCAUAAUAGUUUGCAUUCUCUGCUGAUGAGUUGUCUUCACAAGUAUUCGAAUAGUGAAAUAUAUGCCGAUGAGUUGGAUGCUUUUCAGCCGAAAUAUCUCGAAGAUCUAUAUCGCACCAUUGAAAUCGAUCCCAACGAGUUUAAUGUCUUAAAUCAUGGUGAUUGUUGGUCAAAUAAUAUUAUGUUCCAAUACAACAAUGAGGGUAAUAUUCAGGAAACCUAUUUGAUAGAUUAUCAACUGCCCAAAUAUGGCAGUCCUGCUCUGGAUUUAUACUACUUCAUUUUAUCAUCCGCCCACUAUGAUGUAAAAUUAAGUGAAUUUGAUUAUUUCAUAAAAUUAUAUCAUGAUAUACUCUAUGAAAAUCUAAAAUUAUUGAAAUAUCGGAAGAAACUGCCAACACUGAGAGAUAUUCAUGCCAUACUCAUCCGCCAUGGCGUCUGGGGUGUUUUUACGGCAAAGGGGAUUAUGGCCGCUGUACUUGUGGAUCCCAUUAAAGAUGCCAACUUUGAGUAUUUCUUUGGUGACGGCGAAAAGGCUGUGGCUUUUAAAAUGGCCAUGUAUUCCAACGACCGGUAUCGCAAACAUAUGGAAGCUGUAAUGCCAUGGCUUAAAUAUCGUGGAGCAUUUGACCUUAUAAACUUUGUUACGUUAAGUAUAGUUUUGAAAAUGGCGGGUCACGCAAGCGGCAGUGCUACAGAUACUAUUCCGAAAUGGAUCAAAGCAAACCUUUUCGAAGAUGUACUAAAGAAAACCGUAAAAGGUUUCAAAAACAUUAAAAAGUUCGAAGUCAAACCAGCUGCGGGAGCUGGAGAAAAUUAUGCCACGGUUAUGUUAAGAAUAGAAAUCGAAUCGGAAUUAGAUGAUGGUUCCGUUAAGCCAAUAUCCUACAUGAUGAAAACCAAUCACGACAGUGAUAUGGUGCGUGAAAUGUUAAAAGCUCACGACAUGUUCGACGUGGAGAAGAGUAUGUAUGAAACGAUUGUGCCUGCCUUUGAAAAGCUCUAUGCCGAUGCUGGUGUGGAAAUAACAUUUGGUCCGAACUGUUACGAAUUGCCCACCGAAGAGUCGUAUAUUUUGUUGGAAAAUCUAACGCCAAAAGGAUUUAAAAAUGUCAAUCGUCUGGAGGGUCUCAAUAUGGAACAUAUGCAGAAAGUUCUACGUAAAUUGGCCAUGUGGCAUGCUGCAUCGGCGGUUUAUGCCGAACAGAAUGGUGGCUAUGAAGAUAAAUAUCGUUAUGGAUUUUUCCGUGAAGAAUCCAAACCAAUGAUGAAAUCCAUGCACGACAAUAUGCAUGCGUUGUUCAUGAGCUGUCUCAAGAAGUAUUCGAAUCAUGAGUUGUACUAUGAGGAAAUGGAAAAUCUCCACUCCGAAUUUCUCGAUGAACUCUACAAAACUGUGAAAAUCGAUCCCAAUGACUUCAAUGUCCUAAAUCAUGGCGAUUGUUGGGCCAACAACAUUAUGUUCCAGCACAAUGAGUUGGGUGAAGUUCAGGAAACCUAUCUGAUAGAUUACCAGCUACCCAAAUAUGGUAGCCCCGCCCAGGAUCUCUACUAUUUUAUUUUAUCCUCAGCCAGUUUUGAUUUGAAAUUAAGUAAAUUUGAUUAUUUCAUACAAUUCUAUCAUGAAAAUCUCUGUGCAAAUUUGAAAUUGUUGAAAUAUGGCAAGAAAUUGCCAUCGCUGAGAGAUAUUCACAUAACCCUCUAUAGACGUGGCAUUUGGGGUCUGUUCACAUCGACCGGAGUUAUGGCUGCCGUGCUGUUGGAUCCCAGCAAAGAUGCCAACUUGGAACAUUUCCUCGGUGACAGUGACAAGGCGGUUGCCUUCAAAAUGGCCAUGUACUCGAAUGAACGUUAUCGCAAACACAUGGAGGUGAUAAUGCCAUGGCUGAAAUAUCGUGGAGCAUUUGAUCUUAGUUGAUUUUCGAAUAUUGUCUUAAUUUAUGUAGACUAUUUAUUUGGUUGUAUUACGUGUGUAUUACUUAAAUAAAUGUUGAUGUUAGUUACA